CCUAGACUAGUAGUAGUAGUAGGCCUAGUAGUAGUAGAGAAUCAUGGGUUGGCCCUAGGCUACUACUAGGCUAGGCCUAGUACUAGGCUAGUACUACUACUAGUCUAGCUAGGAGGCCCUCCUCAGGCUGAGCAGGCAGAGAGGCACUUGGCCAGGCUAGGCCUAGCAUAGUGAGGACAGCAAGUAGAUUGGAGUGCAAUGGAUUUAGAUGUAUUCCAAUAUCAUUGUAUAAUGUAAUUAAACUGCAAGCACCCUCUAUGUAGAUGCAUCUAAAGGAUACAUGGAUACAGUAUGCAUCUCAAAUGAAAACUGAAAUUGAAGCACAAGAUUUUGUAAGGAGGCCGAAGUACUUUGUUGCCUCAUAAGAGCAGCUCAUUCAUUAUUCAAAAUCUCAAACCUCGAGCACAUGUCAAUAUGAUUCAGCUCAAAUUUGAUAACAGAUAUCAGAUUUUGAAUCAAUCCUAGAUAUUAUAAAUGAUGUUAAAGUACACCAUGAGGUUUGCUUUUUGGUUAAAAUGUAUUAUCGCUAUUUUGAUGAUGGUAGGAUCUUACCAGAUGGAGACUUCUGAAUCAGUUCAUAGAUGUAUACAUGAUGAAGUUCAAAGUUUGCAGAUCCAAAGGAUAAUCAUUAACUAUGCAGAUUUCUUACGAGAUAAGCGAUCAGUGACUUCUUUGUACAAACCUUUGCGAAUAAUGCCAUACUAUUAUGACCUUAGUAAUUUGGAAUCAGAUAAUCAAGAAAAAGUGAAAAUUAUAGUGAAAAAAGCAGUUAACGUAAUUCAGCAUGUCUUGUCAGUUAUACCAGUGUCUGGCCCCUUACUGUUUUCACGGACACAUGAAAACUACUGCAAGGGGAUAUUAUCAAUAGAUGGUCCUAAUAAUGGAAAGUGUUCAAGAGCAAAUACUGUUAUUAUACCUGAAAAAUGUAAAGAUGUGCAAAUUCCAGAUGAUCAUUUAGAAGGUGCAUGGCUGUGGAAUUCGACCCAUCCUGAACCUAUACGUGUGAUUAAGACACAAGGGGGUGGUAUAGCAAAUACAGAUAUUGUCAUAUAUGUGCAGACACAAUUUUGUGACUCAGAAGGUGUUCUAGCCCACGCCCAGUUCUGCAGAGUUGAUCAAAAUGGACGGCCGGUUGCUGGUUUCAUGAACUUAUGUCCACAUAGUUUUCACGAUUUCACUGAUGUUGAUAAGCUCACCACAGUGACUAUACAUGAGAUCUUUCAUAUAUUAGGUUUCACACAUCGUUUAUAUGAUGAAUUCCGUGACUGUUCCAGUUCAGCAACUGGAUUAGAUUGCCCAAAACGAGAGAACACGAUGGUAGUGGACAAUAAAGGUCAAUCCGUGUUGCUGACCCCUACCGUAAUGCUGAAGGCAAGAGAACAUUUCAACUGUUUUCAGAAUGGCUUUGGUAGUUUGUUGGAGAAUCAGGAAUCAAAGUCACAUUGGGAGAUGAGGAUGAUGGCAGGCUCUAUCAUGGCACCCGUUAUUACCCAGGCCCAUGUUACAUUCCUGGACCCAAUCACCUUAGCUGUGUUUGAAGACACUGGUUGGUACAAGGCCAACUUUGAGUACGCUCAGAGCAUGCCAUGGGGGCGCAAUGCAGGCUGUGCGUUUGGUUUACUAGACACGUGUUCAGAUCCUCCUUAUUUUUGUUCCAAUGAAAGUAUAUCUGGCUGUCACUAUCUCCAUGGUGAUAAAGGAAGUUGUUCCAGCAAUGAGUACUUAGAGUCUUGUAGCCUGUUUACUGUUAUUGAUCAUGGUUUGUGUUCAGAGGAAAGUAAUUCUCAUUUUUCUGAAGAAUUACAACAGACUGGUGAGCUUUAUGGAACGGGUAGCAAAUGUUUUGUAACUGACUUAAGAAAUGAUACUUUCAUUGGUGAUGAGUCAAAGGGUCAUUGUUACAAAACCCGAUGUGACUGGGAGGAAGACACCUAUGAGAUUUUGGUAGCCGGGAUAGAGUGGCACAGAUGCUAUUCUAAUGACACUGUCUUGAUUGCUGGUUAUUCACGUGAAGUUCAUUGCCCACCGUUUGAGGUCAUUUGUCAGAAUCGCUCUUCCAUAUCAAAUCUAUUUAGUCUUCCUGAUUUACCUGAAGCCAGCACUAUUCACCCAACCACUGAACAUCAAGACUCUGACCUGCCAAGCUCAUACAACGACAACCUUGUAAUAGAAAUUGCGUUUGAUGACAUGAACGCUUCACACACACGUGAUGAGGAUGGCGAUGUGGACUUGCUUCAUGCAGUUAAUCAAAGGAUUCUUUCAAUAACCAACGUAUCACAGGAUCGCUUGGAUGUUUUUGAGUUGGAGGUCACUAUAGACUGUGUGUUUGUGAUAUUAAGCAUCCAGCAUUCAACACCUGAAUGCAAAAUUUCUUCCUACAAUGUUUAUAAAUCCUUGGAAGAGGUUGUUAAAUCUAACAAGUUCACAAUUGUUCAUCAUGGUCAAAACCUGACGGCAACAACUAUCAGGAUAAUUGAUACCUUGAGCUGGGCAACAUCAACUAUUUCACCAACUGAGCUGACUGGUGUAACUUUAGCUGUGGUUAUCAUGUUCUCAAUUAUCGGUGCUAUCGUUCUCAUAGUUGUAGUCUGUCUUUGUAAGAGAAAGGCCUGUUCUCAACGAGUUGCCCCCCUCGACAUAACAGAUAUCGGUCAGCCUCCUAAAGUCAACAUUAAAAUGCAAUCACGCCAAACAACUCGUAAAAAGAAUCCUAAGAUAUAAGCUAUUUUAGAGAGCAAGUUUCUAAGUAGGAACAUUUUAAUAAGAAUGCCAGGAUAUAUGUUUUAAAAUGUUACACAAUAUUGAAAAUUUUUUAUGCAAAUAACUGACUGACUUUACAUAUUUUUUACUUAAGAUCUUUUUGUAAUAUAAUAAUAUAUUUAUAUAAUGUUUGGGUUCU